AUGGAUCCCGGCACGCCCUCGCGUCCGCCGGACUACUAUCUCGGCUAUACCGGAGACAGCGAUAGUCAUGGCGCGCACGAUUCUCUGACGGGAGCAGCCACGACGCAAUCGCACACAACAUCGACAAACCCUGCCGCUGUGCGUCUCCUGACUUCGAUGGACGGAGGUGGCACGCUCGACGACGACGCCCUGACGCCUCCUUCUCUGCGCACUUCUGGCGCCCAGUCUCUUCACCGUGGCAGCAUCUCAGCAGUGCCGCCUCAGCUCCCCGAGAUUCGUCCUCUGGGAUCAUCGACGUCCAAAGUGGCUGCCGCUGUAUCUACGCUGGAACAGCGCGAACAACGCAAACGUCGCCAACAGAGAGAGCAAUGUGGACGACUUCAAGAGGCGAACGUGCCUCCUUUUGGCGGACAUGAGCAGGCAGUGGGCGCACCGCACAAGACUGUCAAGUUUGUUCAGGACCAGUGUCUCCACGAGUCCCAAUCGUUCAUCCAUCGAUCCGCCCAUCAUGAUGCCACCACCGCCAGACUCAUCGUACUCGCCUUUUCGCGGAGUGCGCGGAGACUUGCCUCGCUCAACUUCGCCUACGCGGCCAUGGACGCCGUCACGCCGUAG